AUGGUGCAAGGUAGCUACGUUAAAAACAUGGAUAUUAUCAAUAGACACCCCCCGAAAACUCGGCGGCACUCUGCUGCAUUCGAAUCCCUCAAACCGAGCUGGAAAAGCAAGGCCAAGGAGAAUGCUGGCAUGGUUAAGGGCAACAAGCAGAGCCGCAAAAUGCCUAUCCUCGCCCUCCUGGGAAAGCUAUCCAGAUCCGUAUCCUCAAGCCGUUCACAAUCACCCAUCUCCCCACCUCCCUAUUCAUCUUCCACACCACCGUGCCCAGAUUCAACCACGGCUCCUCGUCUCUCCAAUCCACUCUCGCCACCCACAUCGACCUCAGUCUCAAUAAACCUAAAGCCCGCAGAAUAUGUCCGGCGAAUAAAACUGCUCCUUGCCAGUUCGAAAAAAAUUCCCCCAUCCCCUCUACCCACGUCAUCGCAUCCACCUUGCAACGAUACAUCACACAAUAUCCCUCACAGCAAUGGUAUCAAGACCAGCCCCGUUUGUGUCUUACAGCAUCAGGGUAAAAUACCGCCCACGGCGCCGAUAAAUACUCUCACCCCACGCCAAUACGAUCCUGAUAACCUCCGUGAUGAUACUAUCCACCCAAGCCAUAAUAAUAUUCACGAUACCACAAAUCCCAGCAACAACGAAAACACAAACACGCGUCAAAGUCCACCACGUUCCGCGUCGCCCCUCCUCUCGCCGAACGUCCAACCAAGCCGCCUCUACGACCCCUCCUUCACCGAUAAAGAAACUAGAUUCCUCAAAACCUUCUUACGCAACAGCCCCCCCAGAUCUAUUACCCCGCUAACCCAAUUCAACAUCGCCACCUUACAAGCAGAGCUGGACGGACGCCCAGGGCCCAUGGGCCGUGGCGGGGUGCGCGAUGUCUCCAAACCGAACCCACUAGGCGCGGAUGGCGGCGAUGAUUAUGAUGAGUUGUUGGAGUUGGGGCGGAGUGCGAGGGCGGCGGGCCAGCUGGAAGGGGAGCAAGAACGGUCGAGGGAGAAGUUGGUUUCUUGGGUGCAGAGAUGGUUGGGUGGGAUUGAACCCGGUUCACCGGUGAAAGUUUGA